AUGGUCACCACCGAAAACACUACUGAUAAUCCCAAUAUCGAAGCAAGCCCAAUACCAAGAAUGCAAGACUUGGAAGCACAAGCAGAAAUGCCACAAGUGACUAUUGUCGUUAAGAACCACAACCUGAUAGGUACCUCAAAAGAUCAUGGGGUCGUGAAUAAGGAAAUGGAGGAAUUUGAAGCUUUCAAAAGAUACAAAUCGAUGAAAAGGAUUGGGAUUAUGUAUAUAUACACUCGGGUCAAUCCGGUGACUCGAAUGACAAACACAACAGAGAGAAAGAGGGAGAUAAAAGGGGGGGGGGGUGAUGAACGAAGGAAAAUAACCUCACAGAGAGUAAAACAAACGAAAGAGUACCAUUAG